AUGGUAUACUUGGAUGCUACUUUCCUUACUGGUAGAUUCAGAGGUUGCUUGAUGACAUCUACUGGGAUCAAUGGUGGUAAAGUUAUACUACUGUUUUUCCCACUUGAUAUGGCACUAGUAGGUUCUGAGAAUAACGACAACUGGGAGUGGUUUUUAAGAAAUUUGACUCAAGUUGAUGAUUCAUUCCACAGCUUCUGCUACUAUCAUUUGAAGAAUAAUUUACCCAUCACUGGCUCAGAUCCUAGGUACACGCUUGUGCUGGACCAUUUCCAAGAAGCGACAUACACACUCUCACCUGAAAACCAUGCUAAGGCCAUACAGAAAAUUAGAGAUUUGAAUUGCGAUUGUGUGGCCGAUUACAUCGAGACCAUCCCACCUGAAUCAUAUGCGAAUGCAUAUUUCAAAGGCUGUCUUUAUGGACGCAUAACUAAUACUCUAGGAGAAUCAUUCAAUAGAUGGAUUUCGGUUCACAAGAAGAUGCCUGCAUCUGCUCUUCUUGAGCAGGUUAGGAGGAAAGUAAUGGUAAUGAUGGCUGACCGUCGUGAUGAUGGCGCUAAUAUGAUGACUCCAUUAACUCCAGAGUAUGAGGAAAAGCUUGCGGCUCUUCAAGAUGAAGGUUUGGAUUGGAAAGUAUUGGUGGCUAGUCCUACCGUGUUUAAAGUUUUUAGCGAAAGUACUCACAUAGUGAACCUCGAACACAUGACUUGCACAUGUCGAAGGUGGUGCUUAUACCGUUUUCGUGCUCAUGCUCUUGCAGCCAUAUGGAAGAUUAAAGGUGAAGUUAUUGACUUCAUUUCACCAUAUUUUACAAGUAACUAUUUUAGGAAGACUUAUUUGCAUGUCAUCCAGCCGAUUACCAACUACAACAGACCUGCUGACAUUGAUCAAGACAACACCAUCAACCCGCCUAUUGUAAAGAAACAACCAAGUAGACCCCAAGGGAAAAGGAUUUUAAGUAAAGGUGAAAAGAAAGUAAAGAGGAAAGUUCAUUACAGCAAUUGCACGGAAGCAGGUCACAACAAGUGUGUAUCUUCAGAACACAGAGGGGAAAUGCAUGUGUAA